AAAAAUGUUGGUUUAUAUAGCAUUAUUUGCACAUAAAAAGCAUUUGGUUGCCUUCAACAAAAAGGCAUAGUUUUUAUACUACCAACAAAAUAUAUUUCAUCGUCUACCCAACAUAGCUGAGUGUGUGCCAAAGACUCCUAUGGAAUCUCUUGGGAAAGGACAUAGUCUUUCUGAGAGUACUGUCUCAUGCAUAGAAGCCUGUCCAGGUUCAAAUGAAGUGAUCAAAGAUGGAGAUCAAGAGGCGAAACCCAGUCUCCAGUUAGAUCUAAAGCUAACUACAAGUGAUUGUGAUGAUCGUGGGCUCAAUAAAGAACUCAAUCUAAUCGAUUCCUUGAACGCAGCAGAAACAUCCCAGCCUACGGAUGGUGAGCAACGAGUUUUCUCGUGCGCCUAUUGCCAAAGGAAAUUUUACAGUUCACAAGCUCUUGGAGGGCACCAAAACGCCCAUAAAAGGGAGAGGACUUUGGUGAAAAGAGGGCAAAGGAUGGGAGCUCAUGUAGCAGCCUCAGCCGCCGCUUAUUUUCACCCUUAUUUUCACCACAACCACUAUCCUAGCUUGGCAUCUCUUCCCCUACACGGCACAUAUAAUAGAUCUUUGGGAAUUCAGGUGCAUUCAAUGAUCCAUAAACCUUCUCAUAUUUCUGCAUCAGCUGGGUCUGGAAAUGUGUAUGGACACCAUAGUAGGUCUAGGCCUCCUAUAGACCAACAAUCGGAAGUAAGGAAGUCGUCGAUGGAGAAUUCCCAUGCAAUUACAGCAGGAUCCACGAGUCGAGCUAGUGUCAGUAGGUUCAACGUCAUGAGGACGGCGAUGGGUUCUCCAGAUGAUGAAGUGAUUAGCAAAUGUUGGUGGUCAGGUGGAGGUAGUCUCAAGACAAAGCAGGAAGAGAUACAAACGGUUGACCUAUCCCUCAAGCUCUAAAUUGAGUAAUGUUUUUAAGAACAUAUAUAACUAUACAUAUUUGUUUAUGGCUGAGAGUUUUCUUUACUCUAAAUUUCUUUGGUAGCAAUUGUCAUGUAUAUUUGGGUGGUAGAGAAGUUUUGCACUUUGGCUUUUACUUGGAA